AUGCCAGAGGAGGGCAUACCGCUAUCACCCCCCGCCAACAUGCUCACCACGCCCGAGAUCUUCUACCUCUCCUCCCUCUUCGUCUCGCAAGGCGUGACCAAGAUCCGGCUCACCGGCGGCGAGCCCACGGUCCGCCGCGACAUCGUCCCGCUCAUGCAGCAAAUCGGCAGUCUGCGCCCGCGCGGCCUCCGCGAACUCGCCCUCACAACCAACGGCAUCUCGCUGCACCGCAAACUAGACGCCAUGGUAGAAGCAGGUCUGACUGGCGUCAACCUCAGCCUCGAUACCCUAGACCCGUUCCAGUUCCAGAUCAUGACCCGCCGGAAAGGCUUCGACGCCGUCAUGAGGUCAAUUGACCGCAUACUCGAAAUGAAUAAGCUGGGCGCGAAUGUUAAGCUGAAGGUUAACUGCGUCGUCAUGCGCGGUCUCAACGAGCGCGAAAUCCUCCCUUUUGUCGAAAUGGGCCGCGAGAAAGAUAUCGAAGUGAGGUUCAUCGAGUACAUGCCUUUCGGCGGGAACAAGUGGAGCGAGAACAAGAUGAUUAGUUUCCAAGAGAUGUUAGACAUCAUCCGUACGAAAUACCCUGGCCUAAGACCCGUCCCCGGACACAAAAACGACACGAGCAAAACAUACGAAGUACCUGGCUUCGUGGGCAAAGUCGGCUUUAUAACGAGUAUGACGAACGAUUUCUGCGGGUCCUGCAAUAGGCUUCGCAUUACGAGUGAUGGGAACCUUAAAGUCUGUUUACAUGGUAACGCGGAGGUGAGCUUGAGAGAUGUGCUUAGACAGGGUAAUAAUGGCGAGCCUAUUGAUCAAGAAGCGUUUGAGCGGAUUAGGCAGAUCGAGAUGGACAGACAUGAGGGCCGGUUGAGCGACGAAACGGUGCUGGGCUGGGGCCAACGCGAGCGCGAACUCCUGGACGUUGUUGGAGCUGCUGUUAAGCGCAAGGCGGAGAAGCAUGCUGAUCUGGACGACUUGGCCAAUGGGGAGAAUAGGCCUAUGAUUUUAAUUGAUAACAAGCCCUUGUCCAGUCUGGAUUCCCAAUGGCCUACAUCGCGAACACCUUCCUACAGCCACUCCAACCCCUUGCGACCGCGCUCUAGCAUACUCACCUCGCCACUCUCCUUCCUACCCAACCCAUCCCACCUCACAACGACCUCCGUCCGCGCCUUCUCCACAUCCCCCACCCCCUUCGCAAAGAAAACCUACCAACUCAAACGCCUCGCCAAAGCAAAGAAACUCCUAAAAAACAUCGACACAUCAAGGUCCACAGACGCCUUCGGCGUCCAACAGUUCCUAGAGGACGUCGAAGCACCUAAUGAAUCCGAAACCCUCCUGAGGGAUAUCGAGAAGAAGAUUGCGAAUCUACAUCGUCGGAUUGUGGAGGUUGAGAGGGGGACCCCGCUUGCUGAUGGGACGCGCGCGCCGACGGUGGUGGUGGAGAAGGGAUCGAGGGAGGCUGGUGCGGAUGCGUUUGAUGCUGUUGGUACUGCAGUUGGUAAUGAUGCGACGGGACCAACAAAAAGGAAAGGCAGACAUGAGCGCGAGCGAGCGCGAAGACGCGAACAAGAAGGAUACCGGAACGAGAAAAUGAAAGAACUCGGCGUGCUCUUGGCCUCGUACAAACAACAAGCCGCAGUCGUCAAAGCCGAAGCCGAGAAAAUGGCUGAGAUGCGGAAGCGACGCGAACAAGUCCUAGCCAAGAAACGCUUACUACUCCGCCAACUACACGCACAUGAAGAGGCGGAGCGCAGGGCUAGUCUCGUGCGUAUAUCGAGCCAGGCAGAUAGGGAGGGUGGGUUGGCGGAGGGAUUUGAGCUCGAUGAGGUACUCGAUGAUGCGAUGAAGAAGGUUAAGAAGAUGCCGAUGCAUCCGCCGAGGGAAGAAAGGGUGUUUAAAGAGAGGGAGGUGAAGGAUGUGGAUGUGCCGAGGGCGAAGAGGCUUGUGAGACCGCCGGGGUCGGGGGCUGUGAGUGUGCUGAAGAGGGGUCGGGAUGGGGGUGAGGAUGAGGUGGUGGGGGAUCCGAUUAUGGAGAGGGAACGAGAUGGUGCUAGGGAUGUUCUCAUGACUGAAUCGGGUCAGGAACAGACACAGACGACUGCUAGCGAACCGAGCAACAAGCCCUCUGCAGAAGAGCUAGUUGACGCGGCUGCUGACGACUUUGCGAGUUCAGUCGCAAACGCAGGAGAUCCCUUCCCUGGGUGGGUGGGGGAGGCGGAGGGGAGGAGGUGGGGAGGAGGAGGGGUGGAGGAGGAAGUCAUCAGCGGCGAUAUUGUCUCAUCCAGAUCGCUUCAAGAACAGGAUCCGAUCGACAAGUCCACCGCGGGAGAUGUGGAAAAGCGAGUCGGUGUGGCUGCGGUCAAAGAUGUGGCUACCCCCGUCGCAAAUGCAGGAUAUCCCUUUCCUCCAGUAUCCGUCCAACAAAAGACAGCAACGAACACUAGCAAACCCACCAAAAGGGCUACAUCGCGCCCAUCAUCAUCUCCACCGGCCUCCAAGGACGACCUCCGCCUCAACAUUCCCCCCUCAGGCAUCGUCCCCAUCGACUCCACCUUAAUCCUCUCCCUCGACUCCCCCGUCCCAGCCCUCCAAGCUCAAGUCCUCGCCCUCCGCAACCGCCUCAAAUCCUCCUACCCCCGCAUCGACAACCUCCCCUACGACGUCUGGACCUCGUCCAACAAACGCACCCUGCAAACCUGGCUCAAGAUCCUGAUCAGUCGGUGGAACGCGCGCUUCGAUGAUGUGGACGGCACGGGUCAGGUUGAUAAAAGUGUUGUGGAUGAGAGGGUCAAGGAGGUGCUGGAUAGUAUGGUGAGGGAACAUGAUUUGGGGAAUGAGGCGGCGGAAAGGAUGGCGAUGAGGUGGCAUGAGGCGUUUGAGCGGAGGGGGGAUAUGUGGGGGGAUGCGGAGGGGAGGUUGGAUUGGGAGGAGAUGGAGGCGGGGGGGUUGGGGUUUUUGGGUGUGGAGACUGGAGAGCCCGAUGGUGAGGUGCCAGUGCUGAAGCAAGAGGUGGGCGGGGCUGGUGAAGAGGUGGAUGUCGAGAAGAAGAUUGAGCCUAUGCCUGUGAGGAUGGCGGGGAGUGGCGUGACAACGAACGGGGUCAUGGGGCGGAGGAUGUAUUCGACAUCGACGAGAAGGGGGUUUUGGUCUUGGUCUAAGAUUCUGGGGACGGAUGGAAAAGACGAGAAGAACGAGAAGAAAGAGGAGGUGAAGCAGGGACCCACGGUAGACGCCAUACCAGACAGUACGACCCAGCCCAAGGCCGCUGCUACACCGAACGCCAAACCAGUCGCGAAGAUCGAUACGAAAACGCACGAAAAGACCAACGUCCAACCCAUUGCCAAACCAGACGUCAAGCCCGACCCAAAGAACCAACCCAAGCGCUCCACAAAGACCAUCCCACCAAAGCCCGACGCCAAAUCCGACGCAAAAGCAGACACAAAAGACCAUACCGAUCCCAUUCCUCCCAAAAACAUAGAGUACUCACCUCCGAUGCAUCGACCUUUCGGUCAGGGCCAAAGUCGUAAGGCCUUGCGGAAUAGGAAGAGGCAAGCUAAGAAGGUAGAGGAUGAGAGACGAAUGACUGGGGCACUGGAGCGAGGACGAGAGGGCGGGGAGGAACAGAUGAACGUCCAAGAGCAGGAGCAGGAAGUAGAGGAUGAAGGACGACAGCCUGGCGCACAUGAACAUGCAGGAGUACUCGAAACCAUUCAGCCGCCCCAACAGCCGCCAACGCCCGAACGCGCAAACGCCAAAUUACUGCAAUACCGAGCGGACAGCAUCAGAAAGGCCGAGGAAAUCUUACCUAAAUCCGUGCCACGCACCCAUCAAAUCGUACCUAACCAGGAUGCCGACACCGACACUGACAAACCAGCGCUCGCACGCCUCAAGAGAACUCUACAGUCCCCCCUGUCUGACCCCAGACACUCGAGACACGUUUCACUCGCGAAAGCAGCGCGAGCUGAACUCCCCGGUCCGCCUAGACAUAUCGUGAAGCCUCCGACAGACGGUAACGGCAAGGGGAAGGGUCCAGAAACGAAGUCGCUGCAGGACUUCUUGGAUAGCAUGAAUGAGGUUGCUGCGCAUUCGCCUUUUGAGGCGGAGCCGAGACAGCAGACUCGUCCUUUGUCGAUGAUGGAGGGGGGGAUGGAGGUACCAGUGCAACUACCAUCGUCCGCUCAACAACCCCCUCCACAAAGCAAACCUGCCUCCAUAUCCCCUUCUCCAUCCUCUUCACAACCCCAACCCCAACCAUCCCUCCCCCACCUCACACCCACCGGCUCCGCACACAUGGUCUCCGUAUCCGCCAAGGAACACACCACCCGCACCGCCGUCGCUAUCGGCACCGUCUUCUUUACCAACGCCGUGCCCCUCCGCCUCAUCCGCUCAAACGCCAACAAAAAGGGAGAUGUGUUGGGUACAUCGCGCAUAGCCGGCAUAAUGGCCGCGAAAAAAUGCCCAGACCUAAUACCCUUGUGCCACCCCAUCGCUCUGACGCAUGUUAGCGUUGAACUACGUCCCUUCGGUGACGGGUGGGAUCCGCGGAUGACGGGAAAGGGAGGGCAGAUGGGACAUGGCGGUGUGAACAUCGAAGCCAAAGUCCAAUGUACAGGCCCCACGGGUGUCGAGAUGGAAGCAUUAACGGCGGUUAUGGGCGCGGCGCUUAGUGUGGUGGAUAUGUGUAAGGCGGUAGAUAGGUCGCAGAGGGUGGGUAACAUUAGGGUUGUAAUGAAGGAGGGGGGGAGGAGUGGGGAGUGGAGAGAAGAGGGGUGGAGGAGUUGGCAGGAAUGA